GUCAAUUUUUAAAGUCAUAUUUAAAGCUUGAUUUUCGCUAAUUUUUUUGGUCUAAUUGGCAUAAGUCAAUGACGAUUGUUACUCAAAUUACUGAAGAAAUAAAUAGGGCGUAUGUGGAGUUUUUCCACUUUAAGUUUGGUAGAAAGGGCAUAGCAUAACUUAUGCCUUUUGUAACACUUUAUUGUACCGGUAUAAAAGACUUAAUAUGACUUAUGCCUUUUGUAUCAAUUUAUUGUACAGGUAUAAAAGGCUUAUUAUGACUUACGCCUUUUGUAGCAUAAUUAUCAUAUGUCUAUAAAUAGCAUAAAUCAAGAAUAAAAUGUUUAGUACAAAAUCAUUAUUAGUGAUAUCAACAAUUCUCAUAAUAAUUAUAAUAAUAACAAAACCGAUAAUUACUAUUAUCACUAAUUGUACAAAAAUAGUAUAGAUAAUAUUAUCAUAUUAUUGUCUGUUUUUAAAUAACUUAAUAAUAUUAUGUUUUGAAAAUGUUCAUAUUAUUUACCAGUAACCACGGUAUUGUUGUAUAACUUAUGUAAAAAUGCUGGUGUUUAUCAAACUUUUCGCUCCAAUUUAGUUUAUUAAUUAUUAUAGUUUCCUUUGUAAACAGUAUAAGUACUUGCCUUGUUUUAAUUUUUUAAUUUACACUUAAUUGUUUUUUGUAAAAAAACAAUUAUGAAAAGAAGAACUAUUCAAAUGGUCGAAAUGACCAGUUCAUCAAAGCGUUCUUCACCAGCCACAAAAUAUUAUAAUGAAUCAAGUAAUUUUAACAAGAAAAAAAAACAAACAUCAUCAGAUGAUUCAGACAUGUCAGAUUAUGUAGAUGAUUCAGAUCUUGAUAAAGACUAUAAACCUGAAUCAAGGGAUUGUGAUGCAUCAGAUUUAUCUGGUCAUGAAGAUGAUAUUGAAAAAUUGAUGCAACACUCUUUUAUAAAAAACAUCAUAAAUGAUAAUUCUCCCACAGUUCUUCAACAAGAUGACAUUGAAGAUCCAUCUGGAGGAAAUCUAACAGCCUUAACUACUUUAGAUUUUGAAGAAAGUACAAACGAUGAAAUUCAUGACCUUCUGGAAAAUAAUAUUAUACCACUGAAAAAUAUCACAGUUGUUCAGCAAGAUGGCAUUGAAGCUCCAUCUGGAGGAACUCUAACAGCCUUAACUACUUUAGGUAAGAAUGGUAAUAGGUACAAUUAUACUAUGAAUACCAUAAUGCCAGUGUUGUAA